ACAGUAUGCACAUUGAAGAAUUAGAAAAGACAAGUCUUAUUGAUGUGCGAAAAAGACAUCAGGAGGGAUUUUCCUCUUGGUUCAAGCAGUAUGUUGGCCGCUUAUGUGUCGAUGGUUUGAUCACAACGACAGAUCAUUUAUAUGUGUUGGGUUUAGGUCCUGAUAUACGAGUUACUAGGUAUAGUGGUAUAAUUGCGAAUGGAGUUAGAUUUCACACAACUGAACGUGAUAGUUUCCGCCGGACUCAAAAUAGUGGGGUUUCAGUUAAGGGAGAGCAUAAUUUGAAAGAAAUUGAUUUUUUUGGUGUGGUAACAGAUAUAAUUGACCUACAAUAUAUUCAUGGAAAUCAUGUUUUUUUGUUUAAAUGUGAUUGGUGGGAUGUUGGGGAUAAAAAAAUGGGAUUAAAACAUAUGGUAAUUUACAUACCAUUAACACGAGCCGUAAAUGGUACAAAAAUGAUCCUUUUGUGUUAA